UCUGUUCGUUCACUCACUCACGUUUCUCCCGGGAGACGAGCUUCGAAACUCGGCCAAAAAAAACUCUGCUUCGAGAUCGAUCCAUCCUUCUUCUCGAUUCUUCUAUCUCUCUCUCUCUCUCUCUCUCUCUCUCUCUGGUUAUAACAAAAAGAAAAUCCUAGAAGAAGAAAGAAAAUGGUCUCGACUCUCUCGGGGAUUCGCUUCCCGCUUCUACCUUCGGCCUACAACAACAACAACGACUCUGCUUCCUUGCAUUCCAGCUUCAAUGGCGAUCGGAGGACCUCCAGCCUCUCUCUCUUCCUCACCAACAGCUCCUUCUCUCGGAAGAUCUUUGCUGGAAAGUCUUCGUAUGAUUCUGAUUCGUCUUUAACGGUUGCUGCAUCAAAGAAAGUUCUUGUUCCUGAUAGCCAGAGUGAUGGCUCUUCAUCUGUGACAGAGCAAUUGGAAGCUCUCGGCACAGUUUCAGAGGAUCCUCAGGUGCUUGAGGAUGUAGAUAAUGUUGCAAUGGAAGAUGAUAAGAAGGUCGAGGAUGAAGCGAAGAAAAGUGAUGUUCCUUCAUUAGAUGCAGGCAAUGUCAAUGGCACUGAAGCCAGGGGUGAGGAAACACCUCAUCCCUUAGAUGGGACAGUAAGUACUGCUAAAAAGAAUGCCACACAAAAGUCAAUUCCACCACCUGGAAAUGGGAAAAAGAUAUAUGAAAUAGAUCCACUUUUGGUGGGUUUCCGUGAUCAUCUUGAUUACCGUUAUGGACAAUACAAAAGGCUGCGUGAGGAGAUUGACAAGUAUGAAGGUGGCUUGGAGGUGUUUUCCCGUGGCUAUGAGAAGUUUGGGUUCACACGCAGUGCUGAGGGUAUCGCUUAUAGGGAGUGGGCACCUGGAGCUAAGUCAGCAUCGUUGAUUGGAGAUUUCAACAAUUGGAAUACGAAUGCAGAUGUUAUGACUCGGAAUGAGUUUGGAGUCUGGGAGAUAUUUUUGCCAAACAAUGCAGAUGGCUCACCUCCGAUUCCGCAUGGUUCUCGAGUGAAGAUCCGUAUGGAUACUCCUUCAGGCAUUAAGGACUCCAUUCCUGCUUGGAUCAAGUUUUCUGUACAGGCUCCAGGUGAAAUUCCAUACAAUGGCAUAUACUACGAUCCACCAGAAGAGGAAAAUUAUGUAUUUCAACAUUCUCAGCCAAAGAGACCAAAAUCACUUCGCAUUUAUGAGGCACAUGUUGGAAUGAGUAGCACGGAGCCCAAAAUCAACACAUAUGCUGAAUUUAGAGAUGAUGUGCUACCACGCAUUAAAAGGCUUGGUUAUAAUGCUGUUCAGCUCAUGGCUAUUCAAGAGCACUCCUACUAUGCUAGCUUUGGGUACCAUGUCACCAAUUUUUUUGCACCUAGCAGUCGCUGUGGAACCCCUGACGAUCUGAAGUCUCUAAUAGAUAGAGCUCAUGAGCUUGGUAUUCUUGUACUCAUGGAUAUUGUUCACAGCCAUGCAUCAAAUAACGUGUUGGAUGGGUUGAACAUGUUUGAUGGAACCGAUAGUCAUUACUUCCACUCUGGGUCCCGGGGAUAUCAUUGGAUGUGGGAUUCCCGCUUGUUUAACUAUGGAAGCUGGGAGGUUUUGAGGUAUCUUCUUUCCAAUGCAAGAUGGUGGCUAGAAGAAUACAAGUUCGAUGGUUUCAGAUUUGAUGGUGUGACUUCAAUGAUGUACACUCACCAUGGAUUGGAGGUGGCAUUUACUGGGAAUUACAAUGAGUACUUUGGAUUAGCAACAGAUGUAGAUGCUGUGACUUACUUGAUGCUGGUUAACGAUUUGAUUCACGGGCUCUACCCUGAAGCUGUUACCAUUGGUGAAGAUGUUAGUGGAAUGCCAACAUUCUGUGUUUCUGUACAAGAUGGUGGUGUUGGAUUUGAUUAUCGCCUGCAUAUGGCUAUUGCUGAUAAAUGGAUUGAGCUCCUCCGGAAAAUGGAUGAAGACUGGCAAAUGGGUGAUAUCGUUCACACACUCACCAACAGAAGGUGGCAGGAAAAGUGUGUUGCUUAUGCUGAAAGUCAUGACCAAGCUCUUGUUGGUGACAAAACAAUUGCGUUCUGGUUGAUGGACAAGGAUAUGUAUGAUUUCAUGGCUCUGGACAGGCCAGCUACUCCCCUUGUAGAUCGUGGAAUAGCAUUACAUAAAAUGAUUAGGCUUAUUACUAUGGGAUUGGGCGGAGAAGGAUAUCUGAACUUCAUGGGGAAUGAAUUUGGACAUCCUGAGUGGAUUGAUUUUCCAAGGGGUACUCAACAGCUUCCAAAUGGAAAAAUAGUUCCUGGGAACAAUAACAGUUUUGACAAAUGCCGACGUAGAUUUGAUCUUGGGGAUGCAAAUUAUCUAAGAUAUCAUGGGCUGCAAGAAUUUGAUCAAGCAAUGCAGCAUCUUGAAGAAACCUAUUGUUUCAUGACUUCUGAGCACCAAUAUAUAUCACGGAAGGAUGAAGGAGAUAGGGUUAUUGUCUUUGAAAGGGGAAACCUGGUGUUUGUCUUCAAUUUUCAUUGGAGUAAAAGCUAUUCAGACUACCGAGUUGGCUGCUUAAAGCCAGGGAAGUAUAAGAUUGUCUUGGAUUCAGAUGAAAAAUUAUUUGGAGGCUUCAAUAGGAUUGAUCACAGUGCUGAGUACUUCACGACUGAUGGGUGGUUUGAUGACCGGCCUCAUUCUUUCCUGCUAUAUGCACCUUGUAGAACAGCUGUGGCCUACGUUCUCGUAGCGGGACCUGCUAAAGACUGAUUUUGGUUCUAAUAUACAUCUGGUGCUGAGAAUGUCUACAUCUUGCUGCACUCCUAAGGCAGACGCCCGGUACAUUGGCUAAUAAAAGUGCAGUCCAUGUUGAACUAUCUUGCCACCUUUGGCAGUAAUGAGAAACCCAAAGUCAGAAGAAUCAGAGGUUUGACAAAGCAAAACGCAAAACAUAAACUGCAAAAUUGAGAGAAUUUAAGCAGUGUUCAGACGACCAUUCCCUACUUGGGCCUAUAACGUAGACUAAUGUGGCAGUUUGUGACAAUUUCUUGUGUAAUUAUUUUCCGAAGUUAAUCUCUGUGGAUGACGAAGGUAGAGAUUUUCCAUGUAUAGAUAGCCACGUAGCUGAAUGUUGUGUUACAUUUUAAUUUAUGUAAGUUACCAAACAUCUGGCACUCACCAAAAUUUUGUUCUCGGCAAUAUGAUGGGUCUUCAAUCUUUCA